UGGGCAUCGACGUCGUCAUUCUGGCGAAAAUCUCUAACCUAUUCCGUACUAUUUUUGCAUUUUUCACCUUCAUUUCCCGAGAAAUUGACCUCUCUGACCACCAGAAGUGCAAUAGUUUGUGGUCGAGAUGACGUCGAGGAAGAGAAGUGGAUCGGGAUCGAAGCGCCCCAAGGAGAAAGUUGUCUACAUCUAUGAACUGAUAUUUCGGGGAGAGGAUCCCACUAGCAAUAGCAAUCCUGAGUUCUGGAAUGAGUUUUUCCUGCUGCAGCCGAAUGUGGAGAGCCUGGAGGCGGAACUUCUGAAGCAGACAAAUGAGCAGUUGAUGGCAAUCCGUGGGAAUAUCAAUGAACUGUUUACACGAUGCAUAGACAUUCUGGGAUCAGAUCAUCCGAAGAGAGUGUACAAUUCUCUUCAGACCCUCUGUGCAUUGAUCUAUGCCAUCUUCAAGAAGUCCUCCUCGGGUACAGAGUCUGGAUUUGACAUUAUCAACACAAUGGUCGGGUUUUCGGAGGCAGAAGAGAAAAUGAAGAAGCUCGUUCAUCACUGCAAUGAAUUCCUUGUCAGUGACACUGAGGACUGCCCCAGGGAUAUGUGCUUGAAGCUUUUGCUGGUCCUGGUCACUGGAACGGACAAUGUGAGUCAGAAUGUUUUGCUGGAGUAUAUCAUGAUUAACAGCAUCUUCGAAUCUUUUGUGAGAAUUCUCAGUGAUCCCCCUUUGAGAGCCCUACACGGGCAUGACAUUGUCAUCCUCCUGACCCUCCUGGUCAAUUACCGUAAGUACGAAGCACCCAAUCCCUAUAUCGUGCAGCUGUCGAUACUGGCAGAUGAAUUGGCACUAAAUGGCUAUGGCCAAGUGAUUAGCUCGUCCCUCAUUGAAUUCUGCCGACAAUAUACCCAAAAUCUGGCUGAAGCCCAGUCAUCAUCUUGGUUCUCGUCACUGUCCAACAUCGUGGGCAAUAUGUUUGUAUCGGACGAAGGCUGUGAUAAAGUGCAACAGAUCCGUGCUAACAAUGCCCUUCUGCUGGCCCUGUACGAGGCUGUGCACCUCAAUAGGAACUUCAUCCCAACCCUGGCACACAGUCAGGCUGAAUCUUCAGCACCACCAUCGCCCAGUAAUACCCUAAAUGCUAGUCAACCUGUUCCAGACCUCGCUGCAGCUCCCAUCAUUGACGUCACGCAGUUCCCCACAAAUCUCCUCGUGGCUGUCUUUCAGUACUGCUCCAUUGUGAUGCAGGACCACAAAAAUGAGUCCUCCACCAUCAAUCUGAAGCUCUGCUUCCUGAUCCUCACGUGCAUCUCUGAGGAUCAGUAUGCCAAUUCCAUGAUGCACGAUGUCAAUCUCACUUUCAAAGUUCUCAUCCAUCGGGCCCAGAUGAGACACAGAAAACUGCCUGGAGAGAGAAUUUCCAAGUCCCAACCACUUGCUGCCACACUCUUAGAUCUCCUGGUGGAGUUCAUAGUGUCGCACCUCAUGAAGAAAUUCCCCAUGGAACUGUACCUGCUCUGCGUGGGGAUCAUCCAUCGUGUGCUGUGCUACCAGAAACGCUGUCGCGUGCGCCUGGUGUAUCCGUGGAAGGAGCUCUGGUCAGCACUGAUAGGUCUGCUGAAGUUUCUCGUGGGACAGGAGCAGAAUCUGGUGAAGAAGUGCAACAUCUUUCACCUUGCUAUCCAAAUUGUCAAUAUCUUCAACCUUUUUAUCACGUACGGCGACACAUUCCUCGCCACUACCAACAGCUACGAUGAGCUCUACUACGAACUCAAUCGGGAAGAGAAGGUCUUCAGCGAGAUUCAUGCAAUGGUACUGAGGUACACCACAAUACCUGAUUGCGAGUACAAGGAUGACGUGCUGAAGCUGCUUCAAUCCCUCGUGAAUAUCCUGGCGAUCAUUAAGCACUUCCAGAUUAAGAUCAAAGAAUGGUUGGAUUCACAGAACAUUUCGACGCCCAGCGAAGAUCAGAUUCUUGAAGUCGUACGCAAGAAUUACGAUCUGACGCUGAAGCUGCAGGAUUCACUGGAUCAGUACGAAAGGUAUGCGGAAAAGCCAAAACAUGCUGCCUUCUUCACGUCAAUGGUGCGUGAAGUGGUGACAGAUACUCGGAAAAAUAUCUACUAUGCUAUCAAAGAGGCCCAUGCGGCUCCACAGGCAAAUUACUACUUGACUCCGCAGUAGGAUACCCAUCCUUGUCCUGCUCUUUUCUCACGUGUCUCUUUGCCUCCUUCCCGGAAUUCCAUACACAAACAUUUACAAUUUGUACAGUUGUAGAGCGUUUUUAACAUGAUGAAUGAAAAGCAAA